UGUGUGCAGCGGGACAGAUAAAAACCAAACGGCGAGGAGGAAACACCCACUACCCUGCAGAGACUCUGAGGAUGAAGCUGCUUCACGUCCCCAUGGCUGUGGCUGUGCUAUCUGCAUUGGUCGUUACAGCUGCUGCUGCAGGGCCUAAAACAGGAGUUUCCGGAGUUAAUUUAAAUGGGAAGAUGUUCACUUUGUCUAGCUCUGCAGGAGGAAUAUACUUCUACCCCCCCCAGUUUUAUACCAAUCCUUACCCAACUCGAAGAUACCCGACCAGGCCUUACUACACCACCAUACGCCCCUAUACCCCAGAAUCCACCGUCAGCAGGAAAUACAUCCCCAGCAACACCACUAGCCGCAACACCAGUGAACUGCUCACCACCCGCAGACCCACCACUACCACCACCUCCUACCCCCGCCCCACCGCCACCCACCUCCCCACCACCACAGCGUCCCGCAUUAGAGGUUGGUCCGUGUGUCUGCGAUACCUGACGGACUACAGCACAACAAUCUUCACACUUGGUCAAUCCAUGUACCCUCUGAGCUUCGGAGUCAAGACCACUGAUCCAGCAUAUUUUCUGAAUAUGGAUCCGUUCGGACAGUCUUUGUCCUUUCGACCCAUCCUAAAAUUUUUGCCAGGCAUCAAAUCCGAGGUCUGGAGCAGAGUUUGUCUCAUUGUGGACAACAUGAAGCACGUGGCCCAGGUGUUUAGCGGCUCCAAAACCAGCAUCAGGAAGCUGCUCCCUAGACAGUUUGUGUGGUCAGGGGAGCCUGUGAUUAAUUUUUCAGAAUUUAAUGGUCAGUUGACCGAUGUGCAGAUGUGGGAUCAUACUCUCAGCAAACUCGAUGUCCUCAACUACAUGACCUGCGGCACUAUCUCCGGGCCCUACAGCGGCUCCCUCAUUACCUGGUCCUACAUCAGCUACUCCUCCAGUGGAAUCACACUCUUGGAGGACGACGCCUAUGAAUGGCAGGCUCGACAGCCAAUCAGCAGCAGGAGGAGGAGUAGUGGGGGUCUUAAAAAGAGAGUGAAGAGGAUUUUAAAUAUGAUGGAGAGUAACCCUGUGUGGGAAAAGUAUCUACUGAAAUAAGAGGCAAAUAAUCAUAAAUAAAAUGAUAAUAAUAACUGAUUAAAGUCUUUGAUAACCAUAUACAUUUAUUACCAAGACUAGAAACCAGUCUUAUUAAUGGAAUUAAUUAUGCUUUCAAGAUUUUACUAACAUGUUUUACUAUAUAUCUCUUUUUUCACCUGUAUUUCUCAUUAUAAAACAAUAAAGAGAUGGCUGACACAAUA